CACGGUGAUCUGAUUUUGCUGCGUUGUGGGAUUUGCAAUCGAUGAUUGUUUCCACCGACUAAGUGCUGAGUUGCGUUUUUCAAUCACGUUGACAAAUUUCAUAUAGGUAUUGCGUUAGCUCCACGUGAAUUUUCACUACUUAAGCUCCUCAGAUCGAUCCUCUUGAUUCAUUCCGCUACACAGGAAGCAAGGAAAACCCACUGUUCUCUCUACUGAAGCUACAAGGACAUCAUCAUCAUACAAUGUCAAAACCCUCGUCCCACGCUGAAGAUUUAUAUCUCUCAUCCUCCACGGAGGAAGAUUCGUCGGCACCGCCGCCGCCACCGCCGAAGGUUGACGUGAUCGACAAAAAGAAAAAAUCCAAGCCGCCAACAUCGACGAGCUCGAGCAAGAGGUCAAAACGUUCGUCCCAUACCGAUUCGUAUCUCUCAUCCUCCACUGAGGAAGAUUUGCCAGCACCGCCACCGCUACCACCGAAGGCUGACGCGGUCGAAAAAAGAAAAAAUCCAAGCCAUCGACAUCGUCAGCAAGCUCGAGCAAGAGGGUCAGAAUAGCUCCUGUGAAGCCGCGGCACGGCACUGCAGCGGAACUAUUCGGUGCCGAUAGCGAUGACGAGGGAUUAGAAGCGAACCAACCUGCAGGGGAGGGUAAAUUAUUAUCGUACAUUUCACGACGACUUGCGAACGGUUUUGCUCGUCAGACAAAUCCUGAUAAAAAGGGCACCCACUUUGUUGAGGUCAAAGUGUAUAAAUGCGAUGAUAUUGAAAAGGUGACACCAGUAAAUCGAUGGCGUCAUGCUGUAGUAAAUAUUAAAAACCGAACCGAUGAUAAUACUGAAGCUUGGAGACACUUGGCUAAUUUUAUUCACGCAACGCGAAAGGAAUACCGAACAUGUGCGCCGUCAUUUGUUAGCAAUUAUUAUUGAUCAAUUUAAGCCAUCGUAUAUAUCUCUUAUUACCACACUUAUUAGUGCAUCUGUAAUAAAAUACGAGGAUUAUAAAUAAAUGACUAAUAAAUUAAUAACGAGCUGAUAUUUGUGGUAUUCCUUUUACGUUCUGUGAAUAAUUUUAACUAAAUGUUCAAACGUGUUAGAGUGAAUUUAUUUCUUUUUCGUACAUAGAAUUAUUCCUUUUUGUAAAAUAUGGGACCAAUUGCAUAGAUUGAACUAUGCGUGGAUCCAACUAUCCUGAACACAACGUAAAAGUAAUAGCACAGAUGUGAGCCCUCAUUUAUUUGUUGACAUCUAUUAAUAAUGUUUUUUACCCAUAUUCAUUUUGAAUUACAUUACCUAUGUUAUGAAAUGGAAUAUAAGUAUUAUAUAAUACAUACUUUAAUUAAUUAUAAAUGUAUAUCUAUUGUAGUACUAAUUUGGAAUAAAAUGAUAUCUAUAAAGUGUGUUAUUUU